UUCCCGCGCCUGAUGAUGAGUGGUGAUUGGAGAAUUUCCGCGACGAAUUCUGUCCCAAUUUCGAACCCUAAUCUGAACUGAAAUUCCUUGGGGCACCCUGCUGGAGGUAGACUGACUAUCGGAGCUUGAAGAUGGCGGCCAAGGUUUUCAAGGGGGCAAAUGUAUUCAUGUCUCGGAACCUCGUUCCGCCGGAGCUCUUCGACGCGCUUCACGACGCCUUGAAGCUGAACGGCGCCGAAAUCUUCCUCUGCUGCGACCCGUCGCGCAAUGGGCCCAACGAUUACCACGUCAUCUCCUCCUCAGUGCAUGAAAAGUUUGAGAGCCUUCGCUCAAAAGGAUGUAAAAUGAUCGGUCCACAGUGUGUGUUGACCUGUUCCAAAGAACACAGAGUACUGCCAAAUCAGGGUUUCACAUGUUGCCUUGCGAUGGAUGGCGUCAACAUACUUGCAUCUGGUUUUGAGAAGGACGAAAAAGUUGAAAUUUCCAAGAUGGUUACUGCAAUGGGAGGAGUCUUGCUUGCAAAAGCAUCGUCAGAUGUCAAUUUUGUUAUUGUGAAGAAUGUUUUAGCGCAAAAAUACAAGUGGGCUCUAAACAAUCUGAAAAAACCUAUUGUUACACAAAAUUGGCUCUCCCAGUGCUGGAAAGAGCAUCGGGUGGUUCCUCAGGAUGCCUACAGGGUUCUCCCUUUUUCUGGAUUGAUUAUAUGCGUUAGUGGAAUUCCUGCAGAUGAGCGCAAGGAAAUUGAGAAGCUGGCUGUGCAACAUGGUGGCAGUUAUUCAGGAGAGCUAACCAAGCGGUGUACACAUUUGAUCUGUGAUGCCCCUGAAGGUGACAAAUAUAAGGUUGCAAAGAGAUGGGGGCACAUCUCCAUAGUUACCAGGAAAUGGUUCCAUCAAUCAAUUGCCAGAAAAGCAUGCCUUAAUGAGGAGUCCUAUCCAGUUCAAGGUGGUUUGACACCUUCGAUGAGUACAAAAACAAUGGAGCAGCAUAGUCAAGGCAAGGGGAUCAGAAAUCCGCAGCAUAGCUCUUCAUCUAUGGCCACUGCCCUUGAUAUGGAGCCUUCCUUUUUGGUUCAGGAUACAGAAUCUGAUCUUGAAUAUUCCAUGCCAAAUAUCUAUCCUACAUUUGCUGAGUCUCCUCAGUCACCUAAAGAGGGAACUAAUCCACCUUGUGAUAAGCCAAAAUCUGAUUUAGAUUGUGAUCCUUGUGUUGCUGAUGAUUCACAAAGUGAGGAUGAUGCUCUGUACCUAUCUGAGUGUAGAAUUCUACUCGUAGGCUUUGAUGCUUCUGCACUACGGAAGCUGGUUGACAUGGUUCGUCGAGGUGGUGGGUCUCGAUACACGUCCUUCAGUGAAAAAUUGACACAUGUUCUAGUUGGAAAUCCCAGUGACAAUGAACUCAAAGAAAUAAGGAGCCUCGCAGCCCUUGGGGUUACAUACGUGGUUAAAACAACAUGGCUUGAAGAAUGCACCCAGAAAAAGAAAGAAGUUCCUGUACUCAAAUGUCACAUUGCUUAUGAUGUACUACUCCCAAAAGAUCCUGUAAUCUUAAAAAAAACCACUACAACAAGCAUGAUUGGUGUCAAGCAGGGGAAGUCAUCUGCUUCUCAGUCUGUUAGCAACAAGGAAAACGGAAAUUUUCAAUCAGAAGCUUUAUGUAAUUUGAAAGAUGAAUCCAAGACAACUUUGCAAAGUGGAGUGAGCACUGAGAUUACUGCUUUAAAGCCUUCGAUGGUAUUUAAAGGGAUGCUCUUCCGUUUUUCAAGCACUUUUCCUGAAGAACAAAGAUCUGAAAUUGUGUUGUGGGUUAAUCAAGGAGGUGGAGAAGUUAUUAUAGAUCAAAAUGAAAACAAUGUGAACUUCAUUGUUGAGCGUCAUGGUGUGCCCUGUCUGACAAAUAAUUUUGGGAGUACAUACAUAACCACUCAUUGGAUUUAUUCUUGUCUAGAGGAUGGCUGUAUGCUGGAUGUUAGCAGUCACAUUCUCUACUCUCCACUGUCUUGUCAAGUUCCUUUACCCGGAUUUGAAAGACAUUGCCUGUGUGUUUCAAUGUAUGACAAGAAAGAAAAACAGCUAUUAAGAAAUUUGUGCUAUGUUCUUGGAGUGAAGUUUGUCGAAACACUGAAGAGGAAGAAAGUCACCCAUCUAUUAUGCAAAUUUACUCAUGGCGAAAAAUACGCAGCUGCCUGUAAAUGGGGAAUACCUGUAGCUACAGCUGAGUGGCUAUAUGAAUGUGUCAAGCAGAACAAGGUUGUUGAUUCACAAGGAUUUCACCCUAAAGAACCUACACCACAAGACCAAGAAGCUGGAUUACAUUUUGUGAGCCAAUUUACCACUCAAUCUGCUACGGCAACAUCUGCAGACAAUGCCUCCCAGAAUCCAAGUCUGUUUCAGGGUCUGGGAAACAUGCAAACCGUUGCUUCCAUGGGGUGUGUCACAAGAGAUGACAACAGUAAUGUGAGUAGUGGUAGUAAACGAAAAAGGCUUUCGGGAACUGAAAAUGUAAAGCAUCCGCUACCAUGUGUCUAUGCUGCUGAAAUUUCUUUAAAUAAAAGCCCUUCAGAGAAGAGUUUUUCUGAUAAUGGUAGAGAAACUUCUAUGGCUCCUGAUGUUGCUGCAGCUAUAGAAGAUUUGUUGGAGCAGACAAGAAAGAUCCAAGAUCGGAAGCCUGAGGAGACAACUGUCUGCCAUGAGAAUUUUUUGUCCUCUACUUCCACAAUGCUUGCUCAAAGGCAUGUUGAUCCCCUACCUGAUCCAGGGGAGCCAUCUAAACAUUGGACGACCAGGUUGGACAAAAAGAACGAUGAUCCUUCUACAGACACUGCUGCUCGGGGAAUCUAUGAUGGUUUUAGUGAAACGCAAACUGAUUCUCAGGUUGUCGGUUAUGAGGAGGAUUUAUCCGGCAGACAAAUGAUUAUUGAUAGAGUUCGUACGAGGAGCAGUAUGGCUUAAUACCUUUCAUCUGUUGGUACCACUUGUUUCAAAUCACCCCAGAAGCAAUCGAUGAGAUUGAAUCCAAGAACCCAAUGUCCUUCGGCUCAAAUGUUACCUGCUUCAUGAUGUACAUGAUUGUGCAGCGCAUAAAUUGUCGAAAGCACCUGAAGGAUUAAACUGUAAGGUUGUCUAAUACAGUAUGGCUUUAACUUCUAUGGGAUCAUAUCAUACUUUCUUUUGGCAAAAAUGUAAAAAUGUUGAAAGAAUCAUGUAGUUAGAUAAAUCUGCUAUGAAUUUGAUAUUAUGAUAUGUACUAGACAUUGCUUUUUGUUGUGUAUUUUGGAACAAAAUAAUUUGAAUUUAAGUA